AUGCCCUCCAGCACAGGCAGCAGCAGAUCCAGAUCUUCAUCACCUCCGUCGCCUACAACCCCGGAUCCUAGACGCCCCCUACUUCCUCGGGCAGUAGCACAUCUCCCACCCCGCAGUGUACCGCUUCGAUACGCCUGGAGAGGGAAAAUGACAUGGCCGCUUCGUGGAGACCCUCGUCGAUACAGCACAUUUCCACCAUACACCGACGGCAAUCCGAUUGUGAUAUUCGGGCGUAAUGUUGUUUCUUGGCUUGUUCUCGCAUUCUGGUGGCUCGCUACUGUCUUGAAAAUGACACUCUGGAACUUUCCUGCCGGUCUCAUCAUAGGCCUCUUUACCGCAAGCAACCUCGGCCCACUGCAAGCGAGUGUACCGCCCGUCUCGACCUAUGGCCUUAUAGACGCAUCUGUCUUUGUUCAGUCUCCAGGUGUAAUGGUUGACCAAGCAUGGCAAUCUAUAGGUGCAAACAUGAGAAACAUUGUGGUCCAAGAAAGCGAGCUGAUCCCGGGGUUGGACUUGAACAAAAGCCACGUGCGGGUAGCCGAGCAGUACGGUGGUGGCUAUGUUUUAGAAUUGCAAACUUUUCAUAACAUACACUGCCUGAACAUACUUCACCAGGCGCUUCACUUCAAUGCAAGGCAGCAUCACAAAACUGUCACUGGUUCCCGAGUAUCGCGAAGGGAUGCGCUAAAGGAAACAGGCAAGACCAUACUGACGAAUUGCAAAGAUGUUUGUCUUGAAACUUUGAGGGAGCAUUUGAUGUGCCUGGCUGAUGGCAGUGCGCAUGGCUUUGUCUGGGUGGACCAUGAAAGCAAUUUGAUAGCUCCGGACAUCAACAGCAAUCACCGUAUCUGCCAUGAUUUCGACAAAAUUCGACUGUGGGCAGAGUCCAGGCAGGUACCCAGAACGCUGCCAGAGGACUAUUACCAGCUUCCCACAGUGUAA